AUGGUGAAGUUUAGCAAUGCUGCUGGUUCUGCAAACUGGAUGCUCCGGAGAGGGCUGUGGGGACUGAUGCUGGUUUUGUCUGUAGCCAUAUACGGCUCUCAUGCUCCCCUCCUGACCCAGUGCAAGGUGGACGGGAUGAUCCCCUUCAGCUCCGCGUCCGUCGUGGUUCUUGUCGAGCUGACAAAGCUGCUGUUAUCCUUCGUGUUCCUGCUCACCUGGGACCGGGAGCUGCUGGGAGUCGCGGUGUCGUGGCGCCACGUUGCCCCCUUCGCCCUCUCUGCCCUGCUCUAUGCUGCCAACAACAACCUGGUGGUUCACAUGCAGCUCUUCAUGGAUCCCAGCACCUACCAGGUCCUGAGUAACUUGAAGAUCGUCAGCACUGCGCUCCUCUACAGCCUCUUCCUGCGCCAGAGACUCGGCGUGCGCAGGUGGCUGGCUCUUCUCCUGCUGGUGGCCGCUGGGGUGAGCUACAGCUGCGGCGGCCUGCAGGACCCCGGCAGCCCCUCCAAGAUGCAGCUGCACGUCACGCUGGUGGGCUUGCUGCUGAUCUCUGUGUACUGCCUGAUCUCGGGUUUGUCUGCUGUCUACACGGAAGCCAUCCUGAAAACGCAGCCGCUGCCUCUCAGCCUGCAGAACCUCUUCCUCUACUUCUUUGGGGUCCUGCUCAACCUGAUGGGCUACUUCUGGAGCAGCGCAGAGGGCGGAUUCUUGGACGGCUUCUCCUCCUGGGUGCUGGUCAUUGUGGUCAGCCAGGCCUUGAACGGCUUGAUCAUGUCCGUGGUCAUGAAGCACAGCAGCAACAUCACCCGGCUCUUCGUGAUCUCCUGCUCCAUCCUGGUCAACGCCCUCCUGUCCGUCGCCCUCUUCAAUCUGCAGCUCACCCUCCUCUUCUUCGUUGCCGUCUCGUGCAUCGGCCUCGCCGUUCACUUGUACUAUGGGGUCACGUAG